GCUGGUGAUCAGGGUUACCAGACCCUGGAAGGAGGAGGAGGAGCUCCGGUGAAGAUGAAUGUUUGGAGUGGUUUGGACUUCAACUUGUGUGCGGUUGACAGGCGAGGCGCAGGAAAAAUUAAGCGAUGUAGAAGUUGACCAUGAGAUAGAGGGACGUUUGAGGGAACCCGCAAAGCGACGGCUACCAUCACCACCUCCACACAGUAGGCCUAAUGCAUCCGUUUGCGUUUCUAUUGUGCGUCCUGCUUUUCCCGAGGAAUGCGAGGACCGACGGAGGAUUGGUUCCCAAUGGACGCGUCUCGCAUCUCAAAGAGGACAACUUUUCUGGCCAGGAACAGACGGACCACCCGGGUCAGCCUCAGCACCAACCCAACGAUGGCAUCCGUUCCUCGGGAGGGUCCUCCUGCACUCUGAAGGUGCAGGUGAGCGACCUGCUGAGCCGGCAGGGUCUGAGCCAGGCCAGGGUGGAGGUGUACCUGGACUACAGCCAGGCCACCGUGGGUCUCACCGGGGAGGACGGGGUGGUGCUGCUGCCUCUGCCCUACCGGGAGCUGGUGCCCAACGUGGUGGUGGUGGCUAGCAAGGACGGCUACGUGCUCAUGGCGUCACCAUGGAAACCCCAAAGAAUGCCAAUCUUUUCAUCGAUAACAAUGUCACUUCUCGCUCUGAGCAAAGGAAACAUCUGGCUCUACGAGGAUUUUAUUCUCAUUAACGGCAAGACCUCUGAUGCAUUAUUCCAGCCCAGCGUUGAGUUUCCCCAGAGUCUGUUGAAUCUGUCGUCGACGAGCAGCAAUGUGUCUUCUCUCUCUGCCUACUUCACCGCCCCUGUCCUCAAAUCAGGAGAGGGAGACGCCCCGCUCAGGAUCACCGCCAUCACAUCCACUAAAUCCGGCUUCACCAGUGGUGAGCUGCGGGCUGUGGCUGCUGUCAGUGUGCAGCUGACCUCCGGAGAGGCUGAGCUCCAGGUGACCGGGCCCCUGAGGAUGUCCCUCCCCCUGGAGCCCGGCUGGGGGAUUCAACCGGGAGACCACGUCCCUGCCUGGCUCUUCAACCACACCGCUGGUGGAUGGAUGAGAGCUGGACUGGGGACGGUGGUUUCCUCAAGGGGAAAACUCACAUGGACCUUCAUGGCUCCACAUCUAGGAUACUGGAUCGCAGCUCCUCUGUCUUCAACCAGGGGUUCAAAGGACCUGUCUGUCGCCAUCGACUUCCUCUUCCAACACUGCCUGUCCAUCAUGGCCGGCCUGGGUGCCACCCUCCUGGUCAUCCUGCUCCUGCUGGUCACGUUGUGCUACUGCAGUCAAUCCAAGCCUAAAGUGGCCCUCGUGUCCAAUCUGCCGCUGUCGAAGCGAGACCAAAGCACGUCGACCUGCGAAAACGACCUGUUUUUGGUGUCGAUGCGGGACUCUCGGCUGGACCAGGAGAGCCAGUUAAACAUACCGGCUGCGGGACAGAGCAACACCUACCAUCGCAACGACUCGGCCUUCUACAGGGAAAAUGCCAUGGCCGUAGAGAUGGAGUCACCCGUGGAGGGGUACCUCACCGCCACUGGCCACGCUGAUCACCUUACCAGCCACCCAAAUCAACUGACCAGCCUCCCCGAUCACCUGACCGGCUUCUCCCAGCAGCUCGGCGCUUCUCUGUCUCUCGACGACAGCCUGUUCUUCUACAACCAGCCGAUGGCCAUUCUCCACGCGCCGGCGUUCUUCCACGUGGACCAAGAGCAUUGCAGAUCGUACGCUCUUCCCCAACACCUACCGGCGACCAACCCUCCUCCCGUUGCCGCGGAAUCGACACCACAGAGUGCCGCCCCCUCCCUCCAGAACCAGCCGAAUGCCGAGAAUCCGCCUGAGGCUCAGGGGAGUACCGAUCCCUCGACGUCCAUCUCACCGUCGGUCGACCCGACCGCCAGCGCCAGCGGCAGCUCCCCCCGGGGGCACCACCUUCCGGAGUCCUUAUCGGUCCCGGGGACACUGAACAAAGUCAGAGACAAGAGGCACUCCUGCUCGGGGCCCUUCCCCGGCCCGGGUCUCCAGGGGGCAGGCGGGGACCCGUCUCACCUGCCCCCCAGGGCAUGGUUUGUGUCGCUGGACGGGAAACCCGCGGCGGAGAUCCACCGCGCCGUGUCGGACCAGCACAGGCGGCCGCAGCGGCCCGUGGAGAGCCGGGACACCAGCCUGGACUCCGGGGUUGACAUGAGUGAGCUGAACCCGACCGCAGGUCGCAGGGCGGCUGUAGCGCUGGAGCGCAGCGUCACGUUUGUGAAGCACGGUCAGCAGCCGUAAGGACCGGGACUGACGCAGUUCACAACCUCAGCCCCUCAGUCGAAUUUUGCAGCUGGGAAACGCUGCGGUAACAAUCAAUGGAAGGCGCCACACACAGGGGCGGAUUAUGAGUCAGCCCCCACCCUCAAGCAGCACCAGCAUACAGUCCAACUCUGCACUGACGCACAAAUCAGUAGCGAUACAAAGGUUGCGUUAAGAGCACAAUUCAUAUUUAUGAUAUUAGAUUUAUGGCAUAUGAUUGAGAAAUAUUACAUAAUAUAACCAAUGAUAUAUGGCUUCAGGGCCCCAUUAAGAUAUCAGUAGAAAAAUGUAAUAUGUUGUAGAGACAAUAUUGAAAUGGUAGUGUAGUUGCUUGGGCUUCAGGCCCCUCUCGGCUCUGGGGCCCCUGGGCCUGGGCCUGGUAGGCCCCAGUAAUCCUUAGCCCCGCAUCUAGCCAAACAACCAAACCGAGAAAACUGGCUAGCUUCACUUCUCGAUGGCCAGUACCAGCAUCGACUCGCCCCUUUCAAUAAUUUAUGUUGACAACGUUUUUUGUACAUUGAUGGUUUUCGAUAAAUGAUUUGUGUCGUGCAAUAUAUGGCGAGUUGACGUGGUGGCGCUGAUGGGGAUGCACUUUCACUGGAGCCCUGGGGUCAGGGUACGGUUUCAUCCUUCUCCCUUCGUCACAUUUAUUCAAACACUCAUUGUCGCUCACACAAAUUGUACUUCUGUGUCAAAUAGCAGUUGGGGGUACGCUGUGGGUACGCUAUGGGUCUCUAUAUCUAUCUGCGUAGGUGACAGAGACCGUAGGUAAAAAGCACGUCCCGCCUUGUCCGCUGAGAUUAGACGAGUUGAGGAGACGCAUGCAUUUGAAUUCAGAAGGCACAUCAUAUGCAUGUUAUAAAGAUCACCAGAUGUCACUGAAUCAGUGGCUUUUGGUGACUUUUGGCAAUGUGAUGAUCGGCAUGACUCAAUCUUCAGAUAUGCAAUUUUAAUAACGCCAAGGCAAUAAUGAUUAUUCUGAUGACUUACAGUUUGCAUUUGUUGCAACAUUUGAACACAAGCUCCAAACUAUUUUAGCAUUAGCCCUAUCGUCUUGCUGGAGCCAAUCUGAAAUCCUCAGGUCUCUUGUGUAAAGGACAGUUCCAAUCUGAACAAACUGAAAAAGUUUUGUUUAUAUUUCAAUAAAAACAUUGUAUAUUUCUAACUUUUUUGUCUUACAUUGGGUUGCGCUUGCUACUCUUGUGAAUUAGCACUUAUCUCACAGAUGUUGAUUGGUACUAAUUUGUGUACUGAUUUGCAUGUGUAAAACACAUAUAUUGCUUAAAUUGUCACAAAGUACUCCAGUGAGGACCCUUUCAGUGCUGUGCCUUUCAAGAUCCCUUCCUGUCAAUCCCUUUUCCUUCCUUUAUUUCCAUUCAUCUUGAGAAAUGUGUAGUGCACCAAGAUGUUAUUUUUACAUAUUUAAAUACAGUAUGACAUUAAGCGAUGUACACGUGAUAUGCACUUGAUUCUGUUUUAGCUUAUUCUAAUAAUUUGCCAAACCAGUAAUUAUGAAAAUGGGUGCACCCUGUAUGAUUGGGUUUUUUGAUGAAUGUGGUUUUAAGUUUUUUAUAAUGAAUGUUAACAAACCACUAGAUGUCGCCACCGUUCAAGCUUUGUUCCUUUGUGACUGAAGGCGCAUGCCUGUUCUCCUCAAAUAGACUUAUGGAGUUGUACUAUUGUGUUUCUGAUUUUAUUAUUUCUUCUUGCAGUAUUAAAUCGUUUUUUAAUAUC